AUGCUGAACAAAAUCAUCGUCAACCAAUAUAACCUGUGGCUUGUCAUAUUCGUUGCCCUGGGCACGAUAUCAACAGCCUACGGUCUGGCCGUCAUCGGGUCGACUGUUGGUCAACCGAACUUCUACACCUAUUUCAAUCUUGCCACUGCUGGUGAGCCCGGCUAUGCUCAUACCACGAACAUUAUCGGAGCCCUCAAUGGAGUCAACUCAGCAGGAGCCAUUGCAGGUUGCAUCUUCCAAGCCUGGUCUGCAGACUACUACGGUCGAAAACGCACAUUGCAGAUCGGCUGUGUCAUCCUCAUUAUUGGAGGUGCUCUCUGUGCCGGUGCUUACGACAUGGCCAUGUUCCUUGUCGGCAGGUUCGUUGCAGGAAUAGGAGCUGGCAUUCUUGCCUGCGUCGUGCCAAUCUAUCAAGCCGAGGUCUCGACACCAGAGACCCGCGGCGCCAUGGUCUGCGUUACAGGUAUUAUGUACGCAUUCGGCUACAGCUUGGCAGGAUGGGUCGGAUUCGGAUGCUACUACAUGAAAGCCGAUGACCCAGCGGCUCAAUUCUCCUGGCGUUUCCCUCUUUCUUUUCAGAUCUUCUUCCCCAUCGUCGUCCUAGCAGGGAGCAGAUUGAUCCCCUACAGCCCACGUUGGCUCCUCUCCAAGGGUCGCCGACAAGAAGCACUGGACAUUGUCAAGAGGUUGCACAGGACACCGGCAGACCCCGAGGACACCAAGGCACGUCAGGAAUUCUGGCUCAUGGAGAAGCAAUUCGAAAUGGAUGCACAAAUGUCUUUUGGACGUUUCGAACUCUUCAAGACUCCUGCCAACAGGAAACGAGCUCUUAUGGCCUUCAUUUUGAUGUGGGGCGAUCAGUUUCUGGGCAUCUUUGUCAUGACCAACUAUGGUGUCUUGAUCUACGCCAGCCUGGGUCUGAGCGGAUCUGUGCCCCUUUUACUCAACGCCUGCUGGACAACCCUGACCAUCAUCGGCAACACAUGGACAGCAUUGUACAUUGAUCGCUUCGGCCGUCGCAAGUUUAUGCUCAUCGGGUCCGCCGGCUGCAUUACCGCCUUGAUCUUCCUCUCCGCUCUGACGGCCUCCUUCCUCAACACCACCAACAAAGCCGGUCUGAACGCAGCCGUGUUCUUCAUCUGGUUCUACAUCUUCUGGUGGUGCUUCUUCAUCGAUGCCACCCAAUACGUCUACGUCUCCGAGAUCUUUCCCAACCACCUCCGUCCCUACGGCGUGGCUUUCGGAUUGUCAGCAUUCUACCUCGCCAGCGAAGUCACCCUGGUGGGUGCUCCCGUUGCUCUCAACAAGAUCGGCUGGAAGUUCUACCUCGUCUUGAUCAUCCCUAGCGCCUUCUACUGGGUCAUCAUUUUCUUGUUCUUCCCUGAAACGAAAAACCGGACACUCGAGGAGAUUGGUGAUGUCUUUGGAGACGAUAUGCACGUCGCCAGUCAUUGGUACAGUGCGUCACCGGAAGAGAAGGCCCGCAUGGCAGAGCAAGCCCUCAGGGAGACCGAGGGUGGCGUCGUACAUGAGAAAGGGUAUGGCGAACAUAAUGCUGAGGCUGUGGUUGAGAACGGCAAGACCGAAGCUGUUGAGGCUGAGGAUGCUACCGUACCUCGUGUGUCGUGA